AGAGAGAGAAAUUAGAGAGAGAGAGUGAGAUCAGAAUGCGGAUUGUGUACGUGUGUGAAGAGGAAGAGAGGGAAGUCGGGAGGCAUCAGGCGCCGGGGAGAUGCCCGCGCUGCGGAGGCAAAGUGCAGGCGGUGGACGUUGAAGCCAAAGGCAGGUUCUGCUACUUACCUGUUUGCUUCAGACUCAAGCGCAAAUAUUUCUGCACUUUCUGUUCCAAACGUUUGCUUUUGUACUGAUUACUCAUCGAUCCAUCAUCCCCACUUGUAAAUUUCA